UUUCUGCUGGCAUUGCCGCACACUGCCGUAACAUGUUCUUUUUCAGGCGUUUGCCUUUGCGCUGACAUCGUAUCUCGAUUUCUUCUGUGAAAAACAUGGCCGAAGUUGCUGAAAACGUGGUGGAAACCUUCGAGGAGCCGGCGGCACCUGUGGAAGCUGAGGCGGCGGAGACCAUUCUGGAAACAAAUGUGGUGGCCACCACUGAGCUGCCGGAGAUCAAGCUCUUCGGACGCUGGUCGUGCGACGAUGUGACUGUCAACGACAUCUCGCUGCAGGAUUACAUUUCCGUAAAGGAGAAGUUUGCACGCUACCUUCCCCACUCGGCUGGCCGCUAUGCCGCCAAGCGUUUCCGCAAGGCCCAGUGCCCCAUUGUGGAGCGCCUGACCUGCUCCCUGAUGAUGAAGGGCCGCAACAACGGCAAGAAGCUGAUGGCCUGCCGCAUCGUCAAGCACUCGUUCGAGAUCAUUCAUCUGCUGACUGGCGAGAACCCACUGCAGAUCCUGGUGAGCGCGAUCAUCAAUUCGGGACCACGUGAAGACUCCACCCGUAUUGGACGUGCCGGCACUGUGCGUCGUCAGGCUGUGGAUGUGUCGCCUCUGCGUCGCGUCAACCAGGCCAUCUGGCUGCUGUGCACUGGAGCCCGUGAGGCUGCCUUCAGGAACAUCAAAACCAUUGCCGAGUGCCUGGCCGAUGAGCUGAUCAACGCCGCCAAGGGUUCUUCCAACUCUUACGCCAUCAAGAAGAAGGAUGAGCUGGAGCGUGUCGCCAAGUCCAACCGUUAAGGAGGAGACAGCUACCGACAACCACACAAAAAACAAGCUUGUCUGUUUUUUUUUAUA